CUUCUCCGAAGAGAUCAAAAUGUCAGAAUCCUCAAAUAAGCAGAUGAAACUCAUCAAAAGAAUUCCUGAUGAUUUGGUCGAGUGCAUCUUGUCAUUUCUUCCAAUCCAAUCUAUUUUACAAAACCGUGUUUUGUCGAAGAGAUUUAGGGACACAUGGAAACAAUCUCGCGACCUCGAUUUUGGCGAAUUUUUUUCUGUCAGACAUAGUCAACUAGAGGCUGUACGCAUAAUCGAAAACAUUUUUAAUCAGCACAAAGGACCAGAGAUUAACCGGUUUGUUUUGUUUCUCAACCAUAUUGGCGUGGAGGAUAAGAUACUUUCGUGGAUCAGUACGUGUCUUCGUAAAAACAUCAAAGAGCUUGUGCUAGAUUUCUCGAGAUCCAAGAAAGUUAUGGAGAUCCCUGUCGAUUUCUCGUCCAUCGAGACACUAACAGUUUUGAAACUGCAAUGGUGUAAAUUUGAAAUACCGGCUAAUCUUCCAAAAGGUCUAAGGCUCUUGAGAACACUUUCGCUCAUGCAGACCGAGCUGACGAAAGAGAUGAUAGAUGCGAUUUUCAACAACUGUAUCCACCUCGAGUCGCUUGAACUAGUCAAAUGCCAAAUGUACGGGAUAUUGAGUAUAUACGCUCAUGAUCAUAAGAAGUUCAAGUCGUUGGUUGUGUCUUCUAUGCCAAAUCUUUUGUGCAUCGUUUUGCAUGCACCCAUUCUUGAAAGUUACAAGUAUGAUGGAUAUGCCAGGACAAUCCAGGUUUUGAGAGUGAAUGCACUUAAAGAGGGAGAAUUUCAUUAUAAUCGAAGUAAAAGUAAGCAUUCGUCUGCCAUGGUGGUUGGUACUAUGCGGUCCUAUACAGCAGUUCAUGUCCUCACAACGACAAACAUUUUGCUUGAGGCUCUCACGUAUAGAUAUCCAGGAGGGAAACUGGAAAAGCCGAUUUUCAAGUUUGAGAACUUAAGAGAAUUCAAGAUUUUCCUUAAAGCUCCAACGUUUUGCACUCUUUUUGACAUCGCUGAAUUCCUUAAAGAGUGUCCUAAACUCGAACAUGUUAUCAUCGAUAUUCAUAAUUUCACAUUUGGACCUCAAUUAUAUUUCUGGGAGAUGCAUCAGAAGGGGCAGAUUCAGAAUAACUCGAAUAACAACUACCUUUUGAAGUGUCUCACGGACGUCAAGAUCAUUGGCUAUAAAGGCCACUGGCAUGAGCUUGAUAUAGUAGAGUUCUUUGUCAAGAACGCACCAUCUCUAAAGAGGUUGGAGUUAGAGAUGCCUAAGAACGCUAAGAACAUUGCUCACACCCCAGAUUAUGCAAGGAUAAAUUUCAUAAAAAACAUAUUUUCAGGGAUUAAAGUUACCGAAGUUUAAGCUCAAGCAUGCCAAACACUAAUAGCUCUUUUGAUGUGUUUGAAACAUCACAGCGAGUGAAACAUAUGU